AAAAAAAAAAAAAAAAAUUAUAUGAUCCUUAAAUUCAGUGAACUUGUUUAUCACACGGUGCCAGGAGGUGACAGACGGACAGACGGACACGCUGGGAGGUGACAGCAGGGUCACCCGGCAUGGCAGCAGAGCGGAUCCCGCAGCUCCGGGGGCCGGAGCGGCCCUCGGGAAGGAUGUUCCCCGCGCCGGGAUGCAGGAGGGGCUUCCCCAGGGAGCCCGCCCCGUGGUGGGAUGGGCCAUGGCCCCGUCCCCCUGCCGGCCCCGAGGACACCUGGGACGAGCCACCCUGGGACGAGCCACCCUGGGACGGGCCACCCUGUGAUGGGCCACACUGUGAUGGGCCACCCUGGGACGGGCCACCCUGUGAUGGACCACCCCAGGAUGGGCCACCCUGGGAUGGGCCACCCUCGGAUGGGCCACCCUGGAAUGAGCCACCCUGGAAUGAGACACCCUGGAAUGGGCCACCCUGUGAUGGACCACCCUGUGAUGGACCACCCUGGAAUGGGCCACGCCGGGAUGGGCCACCCUGGGAGCACCAGCCCAGGAGAUGGCGGCGCAGGAGGCACCCGCCCAGUCCCAGAGCCCCCAGACCCUUCCCUGGCCCUGCGGACGCCCCGUGGAAGGAGGAGGAGGAGGACAGGAGGUGGGCACCCCGUGACUGUCCCCAGCCACCCCCCUGGGAUGACAGGGAGCCCAUCCCAGGCCCUGAGGAUGACUUCGGAGAGUGCUGGUACCAGGAUCCACCGCCUGACCCCUGGCCCGAAUACCCCGAGGAGGAGCAGCCCCCGCCCUGGCCCCCCGCCCGCCCUCCAGGGAAUUUGGGGACAUUCCGUGAGCACCGCCCGCCCUGGAGCCACCGCCCGGCCGCCAGACCGCGGGGCCACCUCCGCCAGCUGAUCCUGGUCCCCCGGGCGUGGUGUCCCCGACCCCCCCGAGGGCACAAGCCACACUCCAAGCCCUCCUGUCCUGCCCCUUCCAAGAGGAGCCAGCCCGAGGCCAGGAAGGAGCCGCAGCCCCCGGAGCCCCCCCGGCCCCCUGCUCCUCCCCAGGGUGCUGCAGAGAGGCUGGAACAGCCACAGGAUGUGCCAGUGGGGACUGGGGGUGUCCUGGAGCCCCCCAGUCCGGCCAGGAGCCCUCUGGAGAGCCCAGCUGCUGAUCCUGGUGCUGCAGAGCCACUGGUGGAGCUGGAAGCUGGGCAGACCCCUGUGGGCAGCCAGGAUCAUGAUCCCUGUGCUCCAGGAGCAGAGCCAGCCCCUCCAGAGGAGACCUCCAGGAAUCCUGAGAUCCAGGAGCGCCUUGAGGUGGAGCCGUGCAGCCCCGGUGUCCCCAAGGCUGGCAGUGCUCAUGGCUCACAUCCCCAGAGCCCAGCAGACCCUGCCAAGAGGGAACUCCUGGACUCCAGCUCCUCUGGAGAGGCAGGGGCUGAGCUCAGCCCGCAUUCCUGGGAGCAGCUGCCCCAUGGAGCUGGAGAAACUGAGGCAGAAGGUGCCCAGGAUGGGCCUCUGCAGAGCCUUCAACCUCCUGAAAACCUUCAGCUUCCUCCAGAAUCUGCAGCAGAACCCGAGGCCCAGCCCAGCCAGGCUUCACCAGAGAUCUCCCCGGGGCCCCAGCCUGGGGCCGGUGAGACAAAUCUGGCUGUGUCUGGCCAGCAGCAGCUCUGCUCAGUGCUCCCCACACCCUGCCCGGCCGGCAUCGAUCCCCGCUCCGCCGCCGUCCUCAGGAGGAAGGCAAAGAUCGAGCUGUCGUACCAGCAGUUCAGCCUGAGCAUCGCCGUGGUGGCCACGAUGCUGCUGCAGAAGGAGCCCUCGAUGGAGGCGGCGCUGGGGCUGGCGCUCAGGGCCAACCUGCGCCAGUGCCGCCUGCACCACCUGCAGCAGCUGGAGGAGUUCAUCGACAGCCUGGACUCGGGCACCCCCGGCCUCUGAUGGCAGCCACCCCCUCCUGCCACGGGCUGGGGGUGAUGGGGGCUGUGACAGCGCUGUGACAGCGCUGUGGGGUGCUCAGGAGGGGGAUGAGCCUGCGGGACAAGGUGGGAGAUGCUGGCAGCCCCACUGUGUCUCUUGGACAAGGAGGGUGAGUAGGGUAUGUUUGGUUUUAGCCCUGCCCAAACCCCUGAGGGCAGCAAAAGUGUUACUGGUUUUACUGGAGGGAGGGCAGCAGUCCCUCUCCUCCAUUGUUGACUGUCAGGGAUGUGUCCCCAAACCCCAGCGAGUGUUUUUGGGUUUAAAUCUACAAAUAAACC